CUCCGGGCCAGCGCGGCGGCGGCGGCGGCGGGAGCACCAGGAGCAGCCGCGGCUGCGGGUCGCGACGGCGGCGGGGCGCCCCCUCCCCCGUGCCGGGGCGCGGCGGAGGGAUGUGGGGCUUUGCGGGAGGGAGGCUUUUCGGCAUCUUCUCGGCCCCGGUGCUGGUGGCGGUGGUGUGCUGCGCCCAGAGCGUGAACGACCCCGGGAACAUGUCCUUCGUGAAGGAGACGGUGGACAAGCUGCUGAAAGGCUACGACAUCCGCCUGAGACCCGACUUCGGGGGUCCCCCGGUCUGCGUGGGGAUGAACAUCGACAUCGCCAGCAUCGACAUGGUCUCCGAAGUCAACAUGGAUUAUACCUUAACCAUGUAUUUUCAACAAUACUGGAGAGAUAAAAGGCUCGCCUAUUCUGGGAUUCCUCUCAACCUCACACUGGACAACCGAGUGGCUGACCAGCUAUGGGUGCCCGACACAUAUUUCUUAAACGACAAAAAGUCGUUUGUGCACGGAGUGACAGUGAAAAACCGCAUGAUCCGUCUACACCCCGAUGGGACGGUGCUGUAUGGGCUCAGGAUCACCACCACAGCAGCGUGCAUGAUGGACCUCAGGAGGUACCCGCUGGAUGAGCAGAACUGCACUCUGGAAAUCGAAAGCUAUGGCUACACCACAGAUGACAUUGAGUUUUACUGGCGUGGCGGGGACAAGGCUGUCACCGGAGUGGAAAGAAUUGAGCUCCCGCAGUUCUCCAUUGUGGAGCACCGACUGGUCUCGAGAAAUGUCGUCUUUGCCACAGGUGCCUACCCUCGACUGUCGCUGAGCUUCCGGUUGAAGAGAAACAUCGGCUACUUCAUUCUGCAGACCUAUAUGCCCUCCAUACUGAUCACCAUUCUCUCAUGGGUGUCCUUUUGGAUCAAUUAUGAUGCAUCAGCAGCUCGAGUUGCCCUCGGAAUCACAACUGUGCUGACCAUGACCACCAUCAACACACACCUUCGGGAGACCUUACCCAAAAUCCCCUACGUCAAAGCCAUUGACAUGUACCUCAUGGGCUGCUUCGUCUUCGUGUUCCUGGCCCUUCUGGAGUAUGCCUUUGUCAACUACAUUUUCUUUGGAAGAGGCCCUCAAAGGCAGAAGAAGCUUGCUGAGAAGACAGCCAAGGCAAAGAAUGAUCGUUCCAAGAGCGAAAGCAGCCGGGUCGAUGCACAUGGAAACAUCCUCUUAACGUCGCUGGAGGUCCACAAUGAGAUGAAUGAGGUUGCGGGCGGCGUCGGGGACACCAGGAAUUCAGCAAUAUCCUUUGACAACUCAGGAAUCCAGUACAGGAAACAGAGCAUGCCCAGGGAAGGGCAUGGGCGGUACAUGGGAGACAGAAGCAUCCCGCACAAGAAGACCCACCUACGGAGGCGGUCUUCGCAGCUCAAAAUCAAGAUCCCCGAUCUCACCGAUGUGAAUGCCAUAGACAGAUGGUCCAGGAUCGUGUUUCCAUUCACUUUUUCUCUUUUCAACUUAGUUUACUGGCUGUACUAUGUUAACUGAGUGACUUUACUUGAUUUUUCAAAGACUUCAUUUAACACUGAGUGAAUAUUACCCUGCCUGUCAAGUUUUUAUACUUGUACACACAGACACACACGCAGACACACACAUAUAUACAUACGCAAUUGUAUAUAUAUGUGAACUUUCUCAGCAUAUAUAUAAAAUACACGUGUAUAUGAGGAUGUAUGUGUAUAUGUUUAUACACACAGGUGUAAGGACCCAUGUGUAUGUCUCUAUAUACACAUACAUAGAAACAUUUUGCAGCUAUGGACAAUUCAACACAGAAUGCAUAUUAAAGAACGUCAUAGUUUUUUCUUUUUUAAUUGAAAGGGACAAGUAUCGUCUAAAUAUUAUGCCUUGAGAAUGAGGGCGUGAAACACAGUAUCAUCCCAGAAGUGUGUCUUUUAUUAUCAUACGUUAGGCGUUUUAGUUGAAAACUCAGAAAGACAUUCUUAGUUAAUUCUCAGAAGCUCCUACAGUGGUAUUGCUAGUUUGAUACAAGUCACAACUUUGGACCCUGUUUUCAGUUUACUGAGCAAAGGCUUGUUGGCUUUCCUGGCGAUGGGUUUGUUUUCGUCAGGUAAACUUUUUCUGCAGUGGUUUAGCGGAUGAAGUGUUUACCUGUUGUCUUAAACGUAGAUAGAACCCACAUGGAUGUCUGCACGUCCAUCUUUUGAAAACUCAUCGGGAGUGAGUGGCAUCUCCUUGUAAGCAUCCAACACCCAGUGCGUGUAGGGUUUUUCUGUUCACUUGGAGUGGAUCCAGCUUAACUGUCGUGUGGGAACACAGUGGCAUGUUUUGGUACUGACACUUCAAUCCCUGAAAAUGUGCUAUGUCUCAUCCAGAUUUCUAGGCCUGAUAGCUAGCAGAAGGCAUAGACGUCUCAGGUUCUUUGUUAUUCUAAGGUAAAACCAUCUAGGAUGAUUUCCCCCUUGAAGUUAUGUUAUCAGUCAUUCUUACAACAUUGUAUGUUAAUAUAAAAUAUAUUUGCCUAGUAUGCAUACAUAUGUAUAUUUACCAAGAUUUUAUUUCUUAUGCUUGCUAUCAUGGCAGCAUGCAAUGUCAUAUUUUUCAUUAUGUGAUGUAACUACUUUCUGUUAUCUAGAAAUUAAGAUUGAAGCUAAAACACUUCUACUGUUCGCUUCCAGAAACUAAGAAACAUCCUCAUGCCUUUAUUUUGUAUCUGACUUAUCUCAUAAGCACAUCCAACUACUCCUAGGCCGACUAGGAAUCUGCAGGAACACGACCAGUACAUACCACGCCUCACCCCACGACCCGUGACCGUUCUCUGAGGCCAAGGAGGGCAACCUGACAACAAACACAGUCACCUUGGGUUCCUUCUGAUCCACAGCCUCGUCAGUAUUUGGACUUUUUAAAGCUUGCAGAAACAAGACCAGGUGCACCGGUUUCAUAGACGCAACCUUAACUUACUAUUUAGAUGAGAUCUUUCUAAAGAAAAAAAGAUGAUAUAUUUUUUGUAAACAAUAUUUCUAUCACAGGCAUCCAUAAACUGGUGUGACUGCAGUUGUGCAAACAGGUGUCACAGUGAAGUUAAGCAUUUGGAGAACAAGAUAAACAGCAAAAUAUGCAGGAGAGAACUGCUAAAUUAAUACUUUAUCAGAAAAUGCCACAUACGCCUCACCCUCUCUGUUCUGUUCCAAGUGAACGGCCAAAGCCCAGCCCAGUACUCGAACGCCCGGCACUGCUGUCUCUGUGUAGGGACAGGCGCCCUCUCUGAGGAUGUGUGUGGUGUGAACUGUCACUGUGAGCCGGCCACGACUUGCUUUUGUUUUUACGGCCGCAGGAGCUCUUCGCUUGUGGGAGUCUGUGACAGUUCAAAACCCACCAUCAGAUAAACCGUAGCCCACACAAAGAUCACGCUAGGUCAGUUACUAUUCUUACGUCCCUUGCUCUCCUUCACUCCUUUUCUCUUCAGUGUCUUCUGCCAACUGCUGCUCUCUGACUUUAUUUUCUCUAGAGACAUGCCAGGGACUUCUUGGCCUUUGGCGUUUCUCUGGCAAUUUUUUUCAUGGGUAACAAUGGCGGUGGCGGGGGGGAUUCUAAAAGUUAAAUAGUUCGGGAAUAAACCUUGUAAGUGGCCUUAUCAUUGUUAAUAUGUUAAAGAAAAAAAAAGAGACAUUUGUGAAGACUUUAUCCCUUUCAAUGCUUCAGGUAUCUUUUUCUGUAUCCAGUAACUCAAGGUGUGAGCUUCUCAUUAGAAGAGGGACCCCAAAAUGCAAAGGACACAGGGAAAGCAGCAGAUGGUCAGUCCGGUGUAUAAUGUGUACUGUUAGAACUGUGACAUCCAUUUCUUUCUGGGAGAAAAACGAUUCAAAACUUUUUGAUGCAUAGUUGAGGUACUCAAAUAUGAAAGCAAAGGCCCCCGAGGGCUCAGGAGGGCAGCAGUAUACUCCCCGAGAUUUUCUGGAUAUAAAUUUGCAUGGUAUAGUCAUAAUAGCUUUUGAGCUUUUUAUAUGCAUUUGGCACCAAGACUGGGGAUCCACAACUUUGUAGACACUGCGAUGAAGUUAACAUAAUAGCUAUACUAUAAAUAGUGUUUGUUACCACACACACACACACACACACACACACACACACACACACACACAUUCUACAAAACAAACUUUUUAAGAUCCUUGGGUAUGUGUUUGCUUUAUUCCAUUUCAGAAGAAAAUUACUUUUCUUCUAAUAAAAUUAUUUUAUAGGUUUCCAUUUUUAAAAGUUGUGAGAAGCAUUGAGAAGAGAACUCUGGCUGUGCCAACAGAAGAGACUUUGGUGUGAUUCUGUCCUGUCACAAUGACCUCUCUUCCCCCACAGUAGUUACCUAAGCCAGUGAGUGGGCUGUGUGUUGGGGAGCUCAGAACCCCGACCUCAGACGUUAAUGGGAGGUGGCUGUCACCAUGCCAAGACCUCUGGAGGAAAGACAGCAACAUUUAAGUUGGGAUCCAAUGAGAUUUCUUUCUUCACAACUGAAAGUAAUAAACCAUUCACUUUUCAGCAGUCCUGUCUUUCUAGAGUGCUUCACAGGGGCUCAGAAUGUACACAAAAGUCUCAUGAUGACAGUCUGUGAUCGCUUAUCCUCAGAUAUGUCUGAGGCAACUCAAGAACCCCCCCCACACACACACACACGCCCUGCACACAGUCCUGCAGAGAAAGACUGAUCAAACUCGAACCAUCUUUAGUGCAAGUGUUAAUCCUGCUCACCAACCCCAGGACUGUGGAGGGGCUUCACUGUCUAUACCAUAGAAAUUCAUUUCUCCCCAAUCCGUAGUGAACUAGGAAGGAGGUCAUGAUAAUAUUCCCACUAGGAUCUAGAGUGACAUGUUCUGGAGUCUCAUGAGUCAUUGUGCCAGCAUGGGAACCUUGAUAUCUUGGAUCCCUCCUAUCAAAGGCACUUCCCUCCUGUCCAUGCACGUAAUUAACAUCGUCUUCAUCAAGGAGACCAUCUAGAGGUGACACCAUACACAUAGGGCCUGGCUUUAAGGGGACAGACACAUGGCAGGGUAGAUGUUCAUGUUUAGCAUCUACUAAAUAAUCCAUUGGUGUUUGUCCCACAGUGUUUUCUAAAAAGAAAUGUGUCUAACUUCACAUCUCCUGGCUUGAAAGUUAAACCGCUACAAAACUCUUAUUUUAACCUUCUGCCUGAAAAUCAGUUCAUAUUUCCGGCCAUUUUGUGUAAGCAAAAAUUGAGAAGUUGGUGAAACUUUGUGUCACUCUCAGAAUGGACUCGCUUUCCUCUCACCGUGAGCCCCCCAUCAGAGUAACGUUGAAACUGGGGGCAAAGAGCUGCCCAGGUGGAUUAAAAUUUCCCAGGACACUAGCUGGUGUGCCUUGGAUUGAUUACCUCUUCUACUGCAUUGAAAGGUGCCAUGUUUUCCUGAAACACUAAAUUCCCAACACCUGGGUAAACUGCACCCUCCCAGAGAGUGGCUCACAAGCUCUGCUAAACCACGCCUCUCCCUAGAGACAGCCCUGAAACCUGUUUUGUCAUUCUUGUGUCAUUUUUUUCUACUUCGCAAGUCAGUGUGUGUUCAAGGUAAGUACAGGAUCACUCGAGUAGGAAUAGAUGGUUGCUGUCAAGAUCAAUUCCCAUGUUGAUUUCAUUUCACUGUAAAGAUAAAUUUAAACCCGGUUUUGCUUAAGCACAUUGAUGUAAUUUUUUGGUAUUAUUUGACAUGAAAAACAAAACAGCAAAAUUGAGUGAUAGAUAUAAUAUGAAACUUGUUGAUGAAUGAAUUCAAAUUUAUUAAAAAAGGACUAAUUGACUUAAA